AUGACCUUCGCCGGCGCUUCACGCCGCCGGCGAGUAUCUGGUUCCCAUCCCCCUCUCCCUCUCAUAGCCAUCGUCCUCCUGCUAGUCUUCCCACCUCCUCCCCGCGCUUACGCGCUCCGCGUCCCACUGCGCGAGGUCGCCUCCCUCCUCUCCCUCUCCCACUCCCUCCUCACCCGCGUCGCGGUCGCCCGCGCCGACCGGGGGGACGCCGCUGCCGCUGCCCGCGCUCGCCGAAUCGCCUCGCACCUGUCCAUUCUCUCCUCUCGCGGUGCGUGGGCACUCGGCUGGGACUACCUCCGCCACUAUGCUUUCUCCUCCGUCACCGGAUGCGGCUUCUCCUGCGCCACUGCCGCCGCCCGCCUCCUCGCCGCUGCGGCGGAGGCCUCGCGCCUAAAGUCACCGGUCGAGGCGGCCCAGUGGCUGCGCCGUAAUUACGGUGACCUCCUAGCCGCCGCUACUCAGCUCCUAAACGGCCUCCUCUCUACCUUCUCCGAGCAGGGGCCGCUAAGGGAGGUGGUGUUGGAUGUGAAGUGGGAGGUGGAGGAAGGGGGGUUGCUGAAGGAUUGCCUUCAGGCGGGAGCCAAAGACUUGGAGGGCUUGCUUAUCAUUGCCAAAGAUCUCUUUGGUGCUUCAAGGGCUUCUUCACGCCACAGUGAACUCUGA